AUGCCUUCAUCAUCGUACGAUAUCUUGCCCAACGGGAUUUCGAACGACGAUUACGUCAUUCAAAACAGCUCGAAGAAACACGACCCCCAAUGGGCCGCGAACGCGUCUCGAGGCAUCAUCUCUUCCCACGGUAAUCAGCUCUUGGAAGUGCAAAAGCUUUUACAGGAACUGACGGAACACCAAGACCAAAUUCUCGAGUCUAUUCCGUUAACCGAAGACGCGGUGCUUUGGGCGUCGCACACGCGCGAAUUCAUCGAACAGGUUGAGAAGUUACCAGAAUACACCAAAAAAGCGCAAGCGAUCGAGGCGGAGAUGCAAAAUUUGACAAAACGAAUCCAACGAGCUAAAGAGCGCGUACAAAAGUUGAACAGCUAG